AAUCACAUCUUCAAUUUUUUGAUCACAUCAAGUAUACUGAAUCUAUUGUUUUUUAGUAGUGCUCCAUUGACUGUGUCUUAGAACAUGAGAAACUCCGCAAUAUUUACAAAACACAAUCGAUUCGAAUUGUAGUUGUUUACUAAUUGAUAUCACAAAAUAGAGACAGUGAAAUAAUUUUUCUCUGAGCGGAGAAGCAUUGCCAAUAUUGCAGUAUUUGUUAUUUAUUCGUGACUGCUUUGAUUUUUCUUCAAUUUCCUAGUUUUUCAUUUAUUGCCGACUCCACACUCAGCAGCCUAAUUAUGGAAUAUGCAAAACUAUGUGUGCUGCUGUCAUUUGGGGUAGCUUUACUCGUACUGGAAACAGACUGUCAUGUAUGCCAUCGAGGUCUGGGAGAGUGCUAUGGAUGUGGCCCACCCUGUUGUGUAAAGCCUGCCCCUCUUCCGAAACCACACCAUUUUCGUAAAAUGUGUAAAGACAAAUUGAAGAAGCGAUUCCCAAAGAAAUGUGAAUUGGAUGAAUGUGAUAUGUGCUGUCCACCAAUCACUUGCAACGAUAAAUGUGGGAGAAAGCCACUUGUGGGAUGUAAGUCGAAGUUGUCAAAAUGCGGAGAUGCUUGUUGUGUUGGAUGUUGCGGGGACUGUUCGUUUGGAUGCGCACCUCAAGACUGCUGUUUUGGCAACGCAUGUUGUCCAGGUAAAUGCAAGGCAAAGUUCAUCGAUUGCCAGUGUGGUAGCCCUGCAUUUGGAUAUUGCCCUUAUCAACGCUAUGGUUGUGGUGGUAAUUGCUGGAGAGGGGUCUACUAAUAGUAAAUUAGACAAAAUACAAUCACCAAUUAAUAGGUAAAAUUAGUGUCAGUGGAAAACUGUCCUUCAGCUAGCAGUCGUAGCUAAUGUUUCAUAUUGAAAUUUUGUACUUAAUUUUUUCUAAUAAAAUCAUGAUUCUUAA